ACUUGAUGGAUCCCUGGUUCAUCACAGCUGACACAUGAAGGCCCCACAGCAUUAUUAGUGCCUUCAUCGUUAACACAGCACAGCAGGAUUACACUCUGUAACAAAAGGGGAUCAUCACAAAUCUCUGUAGUAACAUGACUCAGACUUACCCUGGAGAUGCCGAAGAGACGAGACAUUGUCACUAUUGUAUUGAUUGUGUUGCCUUGGACGCUGCUCAUCACUGUUUGGCGCCAGAGCACCAUCACUCCUCUGCUUGCUACUCGAAAGGGUAAGGCUAGAAGAGAUGACAGACGUGAUGGUUGUUCCAACUCCAGGAAUACUUUUGCUCUCAAGGAGUACUGCCCACUUCACCGGGACAUCACGGAGGUGGUCCGCACUAAGUAUGUCUACAGCAGGCCUCUGCCCUGGUCUGACAUCCUACCUACCAUCCACAUCAUCACUCCCACCUACAGCCGUCCAGUACAGAAGGCAGAGCUGACACGUCUAUCCAACACCUUGCUGCACGUACCCAACCUGCACUGGAUCCUGGUGGAGGACUCCCAGAGGAGGAGCACUAUGGUCAGCCGUCUCCUCCUGGAAACAGGACUCAACUACACCCACCUUAAUGUAGAGACGCCCCGGAACUAUAAAGUACGUGGGGACACUAGGGACCCCCGAAUACCUCGGGGUACCCUACAGAGGAACCUAGCCCUGCGGUGGCUCCGGGAUAAAUUUAGUGUAAACAGAAGCCAGCCCGGGAUUGUCUACUUUGCAGACGAUGACAACACAUACAGUCUAGAGCUGUUUGAGGAGAUGCGUUUCACCAAAAAAGCGUCAGUGUGGCCCGUAGCCUUUGUGGGUGGCCUACGAUAUGAGUCCCCUAAAGUAAACACCUUGGGCAAGGUGUACGGUUGGAAAACUGUAUUUGACCCACACCGACCCUUUGCCAUAGACAUGGCUGGGUUUGCAUUGAACCUGCACCUUAUUCUGUCUAAACCUCAGGCUUAUUUCAAGUUAAGUGGUGUGAAGGGAGGUUAUCAGGAGAGCAGUUUAUUAAAGGAGCUAGUAACGCUCAGUGAUUUGGAGCCUAAAGCUGCUAACUGCACCAAGGUAUUAGUAUGGCACACACGGACAGAGAAGCCUGUGCUAGUAAAUGAGGGCAAGAAGGGAUUUACUGACUCUAAUGUGGAGAUAUGACAUACUUCAUCUGACACAGAUGCCGCUGACAGACAGACAGACAGACAGACAUGUGGAGCAAGCGGUAAAUUGGUAUGAAAGCUGGUUCAGGGCAUAUUCAUCCAUUUAUGAAUAAAUAUGGAGUGGAAACGCUCAUGCAUGUGCACCAAGUUCCUGUGUUGACAUCCUGUCGCUAGGCUACAUUUUCUUCUUCUUCUUCUUCUUCUUCUACUGUUUAAGGCGGUUGGCAAACAGCAAAUUGGUCCAUUACUGCCACCAACUGGUGGAGUGUGGAUCAAAAUGACUAUUACACCUUUAACAAAAAAAAAAAAAAAAUAGCCUACAUCCCGAUCCUGCAGUGUUUUUUUUUUAGCCGCCCAUUCCCGCCUGCAGCAAAGUACAAACCGCCCGCUCCCGCAAUAUUUGCGGCGGGUUCCAAUCCCAAUGCAGCCUUCUAUGUCAGAGUACAAAAGUUACCCGGGCCAUGGCCCCCCUGGCCCCCCCAGGUUUUGCGGUCUGUGAGUGAGUGUAAAAUCCUAACACUAAAGGUAAGACUUCCUUAAGUAGCCUAGUUGGGAUGGGGUCUAAGAGACACGUUGAUAAUUUACUGUAGAUGAAGAAAUCACUGCAGUCAAUUGUUGAGGAGAAAUUGGGGAGAAGCUAUCUAAAUAUAUAUUAGGUCAUACAGCUGUGUUUGAGGUUAGAUAGGUACUAUCUGAGGAGAGGAGGUCAUAAAUUUAGCCUCUAAUAGUUUUGUCAUUAAAAAAGCUCAUAAAAUCAAUACUGCUACACUGCAAAAACUCAAAAUCUUACCAAGAAUAUUUGUCUUAUUUCUAGUCAAAAUGUCAGAAUCUGUCAGUGGACCAAGUUUUUUUUGCUUGUAAUAAGAAAAAAAACCUUGCUCCACUGGCAGAUUUUUUCUACUUAUUUCAAGUGAAAAUUUACUUGAAACAAGUGAAAAUUGCCUAAAAACAAGUAAAUUUUAAGGUGAUGAGUCUUAUUUUAAGUGUAAUGAGAUUUUUUUGGACUAGAAAUUAGACAUUUUGACUAGAAAUAAGACAAAUAUUCUUGGUAAGAUUUUGAGUUUUUGCAGUGUAAGGGCUAAAGGAAUACAAGGCUCAAUAGAGCUGUGAUUCUCAGUCAGCCUGGCUACAGUGCUGAAAAGAAACCUGGGGUUGUUCUUAUUUUCUUCUAUUAAAGCUGAGCAAUAGUUUGCUCUGAAUCCUACUGACUUUGGUGACCCCCUAAGCUUUUAUUUAUCAUCACAAUGAAAUACACCACUGGAUAGAUUAAAUAUUUUGUACAGGUAUUUAUGGUCUCCAGAGGAUAAAUCAUAAUGACUAUGAUAAACCUAGAACCUAGAAUUUGUCCAAUACUGUUAAAUUUCACAUUUUAGCGGACAAACAACCACUGGCAAGGAUAAUUGGAAUAAAGAGUUAAUUGUAAAAAUAAUGAAGAGUGGCAAAGGUGUCUCAAGUGAUGAAGAGUGGCAGGCAGAGGUGAAUUGGGUGGGCAUCACAGAGAAGGUGGGCAGGAGGGUGGCUCAGAGUGUGGCUGGUAGCAGGGUUGAAUCCACUGGACAAGAAGCAAGGAGCAAGAAAACACAAGGGUGAGGUGAGGAUUACUCAACUAAGAAGCAAAAUUGCAAACAAGACUGACAAGAGGCCAUAUGUUAGCCCAGACAAACUGACAGGGACAGACACACACAUACACACCCACACACACAAACGAGGGAGGGUGAGAACAGGGGAGCACACAAGGAGAGAGGGAGACAAAUACUUUGGUUUAUGACCAAAUACCCACAAAACUAAUGACAGUCCCAUCAGCCUUAGCUAUAUUUUGUCUUAAAUGCUAAUUAGCAAAUGUAUGCAAACAUGCUAAUAUACUAAGAUGAUAAAAAUGCUUAAAGGUCCAGUGUGUAAGAUUUAGAGGAAUAUACUAGCAGAAAUUGAAUAUCAUAUUCAUAAUUAACUAUGUGGGCGGCACGGUGGUGUGGUGGUUCGCACUCUCGCCUCACAGCAAGAGGGUUGCCGGUUCGAUCCCGGGCGUGGGAGCCCUUCUGUGCGGAGUUUGCAUGUUCUCCCCGUGUCAGCGUGGGUUCUCUCCGGGCACUCCGGCUUCCUCCCACAGUCCAAAGACAUGCAGACUGGGGACUAGGUUAGUCUAAAUUGACUCUAAAUUGUCUGUAGGUGUGAAUGUGAGCGUGAAUGGUUGUUUGUCUCUAUGUGUCAGCCCUGCGAUAGUCUGGCGACCUGUCCAGGGUGUACCCUGCCUCUCGCCUGAUGUCAGCUGGGAUAGGCUCCAGCCCCCCUGCGACCCUCAAGAGGAUGAAGCGGUUAGAAGAUGAAUGAAUGAAUGAAUAAUUAACUAUGUUUUCUUUAGUAUAUAAUCACCUGAAAGUAAGAGGUGUUGUGGUUUUGUAACUUGUCACAUAUGACGAGUUCAUAUGUGACAAAUAGGCAUAUUCAUAUGGCGCAGUAGAUAUCCGCCUGCGUUUGUUGUUGACAUUUUGGGACGGUGUGUUUUAUGCUGGGUAAUACAAGCAUAUGGUAAGGUUUUGGAAACGUGAUUAGGUUUAGAAAAAACAUCAUGAUUUGGCUCUGCAUUCAUGUGGGAAGCAAACACCGGUCUCCUGGGUGAAAGUCCACGUUUGUUGUAGUUCCAGUGCAAUGUGCAAAAAGUUAACAUACAGCCCUGAUAUUUAUUUUCUAUCAUUUUUCAUUUACAUGUUGUGCAGCUGCAUAUUUUCAAACAGGGGAAAAAAAUCCCUGUCUUUGCAUUUCAUUUUGUAUAUAUAUAUAUAUAUAGAUAUAUAUCAUAAUAAUAAUAAUGAUGAUAAUAAUAAUAAUAAUAAUACUACAUUUUAUUUAUAGAGCGCUUUUCAAAAACUCAAAGACACUUUACAGGCAGACAAAGUGCAGGAAAAUACAAUAAAGAGUGCAAAACAGCAGACAAAAAGAGGAAAACAAUUACAGACAAGAGUAUCAUGUAUUGUACAUAUAUGUAUGUAUGUAUUCAGCCUAAAGAUACAGAGAUAUGAUUUUUUGUCCAUAUCACCCAGCCCUAACCCAACAGCAUAUCACACCACCGCAUAAAUGUUGCUUUUGGUGUCUGUUGAAAUCACUGACAAAGCAGUGGUAUUCAACGACUUCAAAAUGAGAAUGGACUGGUCAUUCAUAUUUAUCUAUCUUUCUUCCACAAAGUCUGCAAUGUUGUUUCCACAGUAGCCCAGAAAGGACAACGCAAAUGCUGGCUCUAGACAAGGCCAUUUGUGUUUUCUUAUUUUAGCAUUAGCCACUAUAGUUCUCUUACACACUUGACACAAGGAAAAAGUUUCACUUGGUUGCAAUCUGCAACCUUAUCGCUACACACUAGACUAUAAACAUGCCUGCUUACCAUCAGAAUGUUAACAUUUUUUUUUGUGAGUAUGUCAGCAUGUUGAAGGUAGUAUUUAGCUCACAGAGGCUUACAGCAUGACUGUAGACCCAUGGACGUUCUGUUUGUAACAUGUGCCUUGUUUCUGUCCUUUCAGGGACAUUUCUCCAAUGGAUUCUUCCUGGAUUCAAACCAACCUCAGAGCAAUAAGCCAGGUUAAAAAAUAUUAUCACAGCUCAGUGCUGUAACUAUACUUAAUCAUCGCUUAGAAACUGAGGUUCACCCGUCCACCCCAGCAGGGAACACAAGCCAUGCGUUUAAAAGGUUCGCAGAGUAUCAAAGCACAAAUGCACAAAAACAAGCUGGCCCAUUCUGCUCCGAGCACUGGCUUAUGCGAGACACUGGUAUGAGUUGCCAAAGGAGCUUACCCACUGAGGUUUCCUUGGAGAACUGAGACAAAGGAUAUUAAGUGAUUUAAACUGCAGGAAGAUAUGGCACAGCAAGCAAUUAAGAGUCCUCUGAGCGCAGUCAACACCAGCCAACCAUCCAAUCAACAUUAAAUAGGGCCCUCUUGUUCUGAAGCAAACUGGCUGUCCAGCACAGGGCUGUACAGAGGAAUCAAAGGGGCUCUUGUCUUAGUUGAGUCAGCAAGGACUGACAGACUACACUGAGGAAAUCUGAGCCAUCCCCACUUGUACUGUAAAACACUGAGCUAUUUAGAUAGCACUUCAAACCUAGCAAUAAUUAGGAGCUCUGUUCGUCCUCAGCAGACAUUCACACAUGCUCAGCUGUCUCACUGCACAGGACGAGCAUAUAGACACACAUGCACUCAAAAACACAGAGAAAUGGUUUAUUCCAGUGAAACAGCCAUGUCCCCUCUCACAGACAUUUACUGUAAACUCUUGGUUAUUCCCGAUAUGCUGAAACACUACUGAGGUCUACCCAUAUUUCAGAGGAGAUUCAGUAUCUGUACGGGCCUGUUCACUUCAUAGCAUCUUCAUAAGCAAAUUAAGAUCUCACUGAGUAAAGUUAUUUAUUGUUUAAGAUUAACUGGUACUAUUUACUUGUUAGUUACCAGCUAUGCAUGCACAGGUCAAUGGUGUGUGAAGCCAUUACUCUAAUACUUGGAUGUCAAUUCUAUCAAAUAGCUGUAUUAAACAAAUCCAAUUAUCCCCACCAUGACUGGUUGGCUUGCAAGUGAUAAUUUCAUACCCUGCUGAUAUGCAAUGGCACUGCUUAUAAAUGCUGCUGUUCUCAUACUGUGGCUGUUUGGUCAGUUAUCAGUAGUCAGUGCGUUUACAUGCACAGUUAAGUGGAGCUACAGAUAUAGCCCAACUAGGUCAUUUAAUUAGACUACUGUCCUUGUUCCAGUGUACAAGCACAGGUGGCAAUAUGUCCCCUUUCUGCUUGUUAAUAUUUGACCUUUUUCUGCUUGAUCUAUUAUGUCACAGACCAAACAAUCAAGCGUCUUCCAGCUGUUCCACCACAUUUUUGAACAGGUUGCCAUUCUGUGUUUUCCUCCAAUCCAUGUAUUUCAAAAUAUUUAACUCUUUCAGCUGACACAGCAUGAACUGUGUCUCCUUGUCCAUCCACAAAUGGACAAGGACUUCAAGGUCAACUUCAAGGUCAAAGCCCUGAAUGGAAACUGUGGAGCAUGUGCUGCACCUCAGCCAGUUUGGGCCCGAUUGACUGUAUGAAUGCAGCAGUUAUUCAACUCCCAAUCCCAUUAUCUGGGUGUGUUAGUCUGACUUUGAGACAUUGAAUUUAGUACAAUUUCAGUCAGAUGAACAUGUUUACAUGUAUUUUAGAAGUCCGGAUUUAGUGGGAAUAACACAAUAAAUCAAUUUUCUCGAAUGUCAUGUAAAUGUACUGAGUGUGCUAGGCAUCUGAAACCUUGAACUUUCACUCAGUAAGGUAUAGGACCUAAUGUUGCUACAAUGCUGCUUGUGUUUCAUUUGAAAGCUGCUCACAUCACUCCUGCCUAAGCUAAGAUUGUCCCACAAGUCAGAUUUUUGUUUUACCAUUUCAAAAACUGCAGUCUGUGGAAUAUUCACACGAGCAAUACAAAUCUAACAAUAGUAUCAAAUAUAACUGCCACCCCCAAAUAGAAAUGUCUAGCCUUUAGGUGGAACUCCAUGGGUAAGAGAAUAUACUUGGUAAUUUGUGUAGAGUCAUUGAAACUAAAGGUACUGUACAGUACAGGCCAAAAGUUUGGACACACCUUCUCAUUCA